AUGAACAUCCACCUAGAGAGUUUUUAUUCUCUGUAUGGAAUCGUGAAGGAUGUACAAAAGAGAAUUGUAGAAGGCAGCUUGUCCCAUUCAGAAGUUGCUGUAGAGGUCGAACGAGUGAACAAUGAGGAGCAGGAUGCAUCGGAUGGAUGUGGUAGUGAUAAUGGACAAUUUACAGUGAUUCUACGCGAUGCGUGGUGUUCUACUGUUGUAUCUGUUGGUGACAAUGUAAGUAUUGUAUUGUUUUCCACCGAUACACGCCCUCCUUACAUUGUAUCGGAGUCCAGUGCAAGCUAUCUUAUCGUUCAUCCAAGCUACAUGCUUACAGCAACAAACAUUUCCACUUCCUUUCAUUGUAUACGUCGUUCCAUUCUCUCAACUUUUCUCUCCUCAUCCGAAAGUAAUCUUUAUGCAUUAAUGGGUCAAAUGCGGCACAGACUCUUUGAAUAUGGCUCCUCUUUACCGUUUGAUUACACAAAAGCAGUGGCAAGUCCAUACAUCAUCCACAAUUGCCAUAAAUUUAUACUCUCUUUGAUCCGAGAAAGCACACAUGCUAUCUAUGAAGUGGGUGCUGAUCUCUGCUAUGUUUAUGAAAGCUUGCAUGCGUGCAUUCCUGGUAUCAUUGAAUGGAUCGUCAGUCUUCAUCAAGACAAUUCGAGUUUGAAAAAGGUGGAUCUGUGUGAAGAUUCGGUGUGGUGUCCAUCGUUAGGAUUAAAGGGAGUGAUCGAUAUGACGUGUGAAGUAGAAACAAAAGACGGAAUUCUUCGAGUUCCUGUGGAAAUCAAAACUGGAAAGGAGGAUCCGAUUUCCCAUUCUGCUCAGGUUUAUUUGUAUUCGCUGAUGUUGGCGAGUUUUCAUGGCAAUCAUUCGUUGCUUUCACCUUCUCAGAAGGUUUCCAGUGUUUUGGUGUACUUGAAAAGCGAACCACUGAAUAUUUCGAAGUUCUAUCAAACUGCACACAAUGAUAUUCUGAAUGAGUUGAACUCAGGAGCGAAAGGUCCUUAUAUUGAUAAAGUACUUUCAAUGAUUCGGAUCCGCUCUGAGGCGAUUUUGGCUCAUCGGGGAUCGUUUCUGAUCAAGCGUUUCAAGCCGCUACAACAUUUGUACUUGUCGAAUAUCGUUCUUCGGCGAAAUUUGCUUGCAACCUACAUUUUAAGAGUGAAGGGAGGGUUGGGAUUGGAUCGAAAUUGCCAGGAAAGCGAAGAUAUCGAAGAUUUGCUGAGUUUUUCUCAACGAAUCGACGAAGCGUAUCAAGGGUUGUCUCUCCCUGAGGAAUGUGGAAAUGCCGUGUUUUGCUCACAAUGUGGGUGUUAUCCGCUUUGUAAGUUGCUGUCUCUAUCCAAAUCGUAUGGGGACAAUGAAGCAAGGGAAGCCACCGGAAUUGACAAGGAGACGACUGAUCCAAGUCAACUGAAUUCUCCCGGUCAAUCCAAUUUAUCUAUAACGUAUUUUAAGAAAUGGGUUUGUGUUGAUUGA